AUGUCCGAGAAGCGCAUGAGAGACGAUGGCGCACCGGUGCCAGACUAUAGACCAGGCAAGAAAUCGAAAGUACAGAAAGGCAAGCCAGGAAGACCACAAAAGAAAGGCUUUUCAGUAGGCCCUGCAAAUCUGCCUGAUGGAACCUACCGACGAAAAACUCAGGAGAUCAAGGACAGUCUAAUCAAGCGUGCCAAGAUCAAGAAAGAUUAUGCCAGGGUUCAGAAGCGUGGCGAUGUGCAAAGCAAAGCAGAGACCAUUCCUCAGCCUGCUUCCAUGCAACUGGAGCGGCAGAGAGCUGCCGAGCAUCGGGAUGAGCCCGUAGACCAAUCCGAGGAUCCCGUCAAUCAGGAUGAGGUCGAGCCAGAAGAACCAGCGGGUGGCCCUCAUCCUGACCGCCAGACACUGAUAGAGCGAGAGGCCGUGGACCCGACUGAAGCCGCACACCCUGAGGAGAGAGCUCGAGAAAGUCAACGAUACGAGCGCCGACAACGAAAGCCGAAAGCUUUGCCAUUCAAGCGAGAGCACGAUGCAGCCCAGCAGCGGAAAGCUGAAGCAGAGGAACGACGGAAAGCCCGCGAGGAGGCUGAGCGGCAACGCCAACAGAAGAUCGAGGAACGAGAGCGCUUUCGUAAAGCUAUGGCGAAGGCUAGAUCUGGUGGCGUGAAUGGGCAGAGGAAGUUGGGACGAGAGAGUCAGGUUUUACUUGAGCGUGUGAAGCGCAUGGUCGGUUAG